AUGUUCAAGUCUAUGUGCAUUUGGUUGGUUCUGGUUUACUGUUAUAAUCCAAAAGAGAUAUUUUGUAAGAAAGUAAUACCAAAGUACACUGUUAAUCUUGAUGCACCAGCCGAAAAAAGAUGGACAAACAUCAUGCGUGAUUUUAAAAAAUAUGCACCGUUUAUGCUAAAUUUCUUGAAGCAAGAGGUUCCAUGGUACGUUUUCUCAUUAGCAGAAAAAGUUGCUUUAUACGUAGAUAAACUUUUUGAAGAACCUUAUCCAAGUGAAUUAAAGUCCGUCGCAGAAGGAAUCAACAUAACGUUAGCAGAAAUUAUUAUGAUGAACGUUGCGUAUGACCUUUCAGCUUUCUGUACAAGCAUUGUGGCCAAGGAUAAUAAUGGAAUUAUUUACCAUGGAAGAAAUCUUGAUUAUCAACAUGCAGAUAGUUUGAAAAAUCUCACAAUACAUGUUGAUUUUCAGAGAAAUGGUAAAACUGUGUAUAGUGGAAUUACAUUUGCUGCAUACAUUGGCCUUUUAACUGGUCAAAAACCUCAUGCAUUUACCAUAAGUUUGAAUGAAAGGGACAAAGGGUAUCUAUGGGAAAAUAUAUUUCAACUUCUCCUGGUAAAAACAUCACCAAUUGGUUUCUUUCUGAGAUCACUUCUCGCUGAUAAGAACAGCAAUUAUGAACAGGCUAUUGAAAAGAUAUCUACAACAGAAAUGAUUGCCCCUGCAUACAUUAUUGUUGGUGGCAUAAACAAUGGAGCUGUGAUUACAAGAGACAGGACUCAUGCAAUCAAUGUUUGGAAAAUUGAUAUCUCUGUAGGAAGAUGGUUUUUGGUUGAGACCAAUUCAGAUCACUGGAAAAGCCCACCGCAUGGAGACAAAAGACGAUCUGUGGCAAUAAAAGCAAUGGAUGAAAUGGGUCAAAAAAAUGUUAGCCUUCUUGGAAUGUUUGAAGUAUUGUCCACAAAGCCUGUUUUGAGAGAUUCAACAGUAUAUACAUGUGUGAUGUCAGCUAAAUUUCCGUCCAUGUUCUCAGCUUGGACAAGAAUGUACUACAAUUAAACAGCAAAAUUCAAAAGACUUUCAGUAAAAAAACGAGUUGUUAGUUAUUGAUCAUCUAGUAAGAAUUUAUAAAACAGGGUUUUGUCAUAUUUUGUAUAAAAAAAGGCAAAAAGUCAUCUAUUUGUCUGAUUAGUUAUUAAAUGACGAUUCAGUCCUUCA